CGUGAUGGUCGUUGCGUCUGUGACAAAAUAUAGGGUGGAAUUAAGAAAACGGAACGUAGUUCUGAAAGGGGGAUUUUUCACUUGCCCGCAUGAGCACAUUUGGAGAUGAUGGAUGCAGGACCAGGAGGCGCCGAUGAAUUUAUCCGUGCUGCUGCUGCUGCUACGCGGAGGGAAAUGGGCGUUCACUGCCCUGGGCUGGAGUGGGGGGCCCAUGCCAGUGACAGCCCAGAUGGCUAGCUAGCAAGCUAGAUAUGCUUAGCUAGCUAACACUAUGUCGAAUUGCUUAGAGAAUACAAUUGCCAACUGUUUACGAUAUAUAUUUAUUUGAAGUGUCUGUCACAACAAGACUGUCUAACCAAUGAUCUGGGUACAUGGCAAGCGUUACUAGUUCAGUGAUGAUGCGCAGCAUAACGCCAUCCUGGUGAUGAUGUAGCUAGUGUAGCGUUAGCUAACUACACUUAAACCAACCCCUGCACAGUGUACCAUUUAAUAUGAAUGUUACUUCAGCUUCUGCUAAGUAUCAUUCGGUAUAGAGUAACUGUCUUGGGUGCUUAUGGUACCGUUCACAGGUAGCGAGCCAUACGCAACGUUGAAUGUCAAAAGCUAGGUGAAGAUCGUGCUGGAAAAUUCUGUAAAGAGAAUGUCUAGAUUAGCUCGCUCUGCAUAAUUAAACAUCUCGGUUGACGUAAAUCAAAUUGGAAUUGUGUGCCGUGUUAUAUACGGGUAGAUAGAUGAUGUAGCUGCAAGAUGGACAAUGCGAUUCCGCAGCGCAAAGCAGAAAAGAAAACGAAUGCAUGUCCCUAUCCAACCCACACACUGUACGUUGUUGGUAUGAGUGGGUGUGAGUGUCUGUCUCCAUCUAUCUCACUAAACAUCUCCCUUUUUCGGCGCUGGUGGAAUGAAUGUAGAUUCAGUGAUGAGGCGUCCUCAUGGGUGUCUUGUGCCAGAAUCGCUUUUGCACACUGCUCGGCUCUGCACGUUCUAUGUUCAUGUCGUAUUCUUGUCAUUGCAGCUUGUCGCUAGCGAUGGAAAUGCACACUGCUGUGGCGUUGCCCCUGCCUGCUCAGUGACCUUAAACACUCAACAGACUCGCACAAUUGAGCAAGAAGGACAUCGGGUGGAUGCCCAGACAACUCUUGAGGGCCUGAGCCUUGAGGAGCCUCUUGACCACGCUGAAGUAGUAAUACAGACGUCUGGUCACAGUGAACCAAGCCAAGAUGCCCAUAACCCCGGCCACCCCUUUUAAAAUAGGAGGCGCUUCAAUUUAGUCUUGUGUCAAUCAGAGCAUGGUGGCUGCUCUCUGAUUGGGCCCUGAGGCCUGUCCCUGUGCCUUAACCCGCCUCCAGUCGUCAGCGGAUUGUGUGUGUGUGUCUGUGUGCCUCGAGAUGGCGACAGGGAGGGCUGCGUGAGAGAGGCGUUCCUGGUUUGGGGCAUGCGAGCAAAAGCGUGAGGGCGGUCUCACGGCUGACUUUGUCAAUUGCCGCCAAAUGGAUGCCAAGCUGCGAGAGGACCUGUUCAGGAGGUACGUGGCGUCCCUGGAGAGGCGCCUGGAGGACGGAGGGGGCAGGAGCGGGACAGGGGGAGCCCCGGAGGGUGCCAGGCAGGGGGACAGCGAGGCCCUCCUCUCCACUGCCACGGCCCUGCUAGGGGCCUACCAGCCAGACCCUGGGCAGCGCUUCCGGAUGGUGCGCUUCUACGAGGUGGUGGACAAGGCCCUGCGCUGCCAGAGGGGAGGCAGUCUGCGGGGCCUGGAGAGAGCCUUUCACACCCUGGAGACCAUCUGCACCAACCUCCUGCUCUUCCCCUGGAAGAAGGAGUUCCGCUGCAUCAAGACCUUCACGGGCCCGUACGUGUACCACCUCCAGUCGGCCGUGUGCGACGCCGACCUCCGCGCCCUCCUGCGCUCCAUGGGCUACUCCCGCGACCACGAGCUGCAGUACCACGUACGCGAGCACCCGGGAGGGCCGGCCCACCUCCGCCAGCUGGCCUUUGAGCUCUUCCUGGCCCAGGCCGAGUGUCGCCUGCUGGGGGAGGUGGUGGCUCUGGCCCGGGGGACCGCCAACGAGCUGGAGGCCCUGGAGCUGAGGAGGGGCUGCCGGGACGACGCGGCGGGCUGCGCCGAGGCGCUCCGCCGGCGGGACAGCCUGGGCGCCGACGUGGCCCGGCUGUCGGUGCGGCCGGCGGACGCCGAGCGUGCCCACCCCCACCACCUGAGGCGAGGGGGGCGGCCGUCCAAGUCGGUGGACGUGACGGACGGCGCGGGCCACUGGCACGCGGCGGCCAACAAGCCCGUGCUGAAGGCCUCGCUCAGCCUGAGGAAGGAGCCGCUGUUCGUGGACGCCGAGGAGGACCUGAAGGACGAGAUCCUCCGGCCCGGCACGUCCGCCUCGCUCUUCUCCGUGGCCGCCCCGCCCACCUACAGCCCCGUGGCCGACUUCUUCCCCAUCCAGUCGCCGCCCUCGGCCGACCCGUACUCCUCCUACCACCUGUCCUCGUUGGACGAGAUCGACCUGUACACGGAGAGGGGCGGGGCGGGGCUGGGGGGCAGGCAGACCCCCUCCCGCCCCCCCUCCCGGGACGCCAGGGACGGCUGGGUGCUGAAGGCCCACGGCGGGGGCGGCGGCGGCGGGGUGAAGUGCCAGGGCUGUGGGCUGGGCUGCUCCAGCCUGGCCUCCUGCCAGAGGUGCGACAUGAUCCUCUGCCCCGCCUGCCACGAGGUGGACCCCUCCCCCUGCUGCGGCCUGCAGGACUACCCCCCCAAGUCCCCCCGGCCCCUGGACGGCUACAUCCCCGUCAAGGAGAAGCUGUCGGUGUACUCCAACGCUCACUCUCACUCCCUCACCCUCACCCACUCCCUCACCCACCCCCACCCCCAGAUGGUGGAGAAGCCUCUCAUGGUCACCAAGCUGUUUCCCAGCAAGUCCGUUGCCAUGGCGGCGCCCAUGGGGGCCAGCGGCGCGGUCCUGGGCGGCUCGCGCUGCGGCUUCUGCAACAAGCCCGGCGCCUCGCACACGUGCGUGAACUGCUCCAAGGUGUCGUGCGACACCUGCAUGGUCCUGUACGCCAAGGACGUGUGCACCCGGAAGAAUCCCCAGCACAGUUUUGUGCCCAACCAUCAGCUCAACUUCAAGUCUGGCACCAUAUCGCACCUGGUCUACCGAUAAGCCAGGUGCACAGGGAGUCCUGUUCCAAACCCCCCUCCCCCCUCCCUCUUGGUCUUAUCUGUCUCUCUCUCACUCUCUGCCUUGCUCUCUCUCCGUUUCAGACAAAUCUUCAGAGCUCUCGCUUUUUCUUUCUUUCUCCCUCUUUCCUGCUCUCUCUCGCUCUCUCUCUCCCCCCGUCUAUCCGCCCCCUUGAACUUUGUACAUUCUCUGUGUUAUUAUCAGAUGCCGGGCCCUGGGACACGCCCCUGUCCCAGAGAACCAAUCAUCUCAACGCUCUGUACAACUUCUGGCCUCUCCCAUCUCCAUCCUCGCCAUGCGCUCUUAAGUAGUCAAGUGAUGUUGUAGUGCUUCCCAACCCCUCAAAUCUUGUCCUCCUUCAGAAAACGAAAUGAGGGGGGUAAGAAAAGAAGAAAGCGAGAGAGCUGCACGCCCCCAAUGAAGGCCGUCCGAACACACACAAACACACACAGACUCUGCCUUUGGCUUCUGUGGUUAUUCUAGUGUGGCCAAGACUUGUGGACUUGCGUUGUUCAAAUGGAGGACGUUUUUAAAACUUGAAAAUGAUCACCGUGGGGGAAACAAAACUAACAGAACAGUAACCUUACACUGGAAUUCAAUAGUAUAUAUAUAUAUCUAUAUAUUUUUUAAUCGUAUCUUUAAAUCUCAAGAACAAUGUGAGACUGUUAGAAAUGGGAGGGGUUGAAGUUUGGGGUUAUAAAGUGUAUCUGUUGGAAUGGCAUGGGGUGUCUUUAAAGGAAAAGAGACAAUUGUCAGAUGCCAUAAAUUCUAUUUAAAUGAUAAUGCCUUGUAAAUGUACCCUCUAAUGUUAAUUAUGGUGUCUGGCUGAGGUUUACAUGCUGCUGUUGAAAUAUUGCCUGUGGAGAUAGUGUGGUGUUUUAAUGACUCACCGGUAAAAUAACUUUUGUUUGAUUGGUUUCAAUCCCUCUCUCUUUUGUUCUCACUUCUCAAAACUGACAGAUGGUUUGUCCGUCGACUCCAGUUUUGGUGUUUCGGGGGGGAAACCUUCUUCAGAGGUGUUGAGGUGUUAACAGAACAGCCACUAGGUGUCAGAUCAUCCUAGAUCCAUGCCACAUCAUUGCUGGUUGUUUCAAGUGAAGGGUUUUGAGUCAACCAGCUAAUGUCAACGUAGUUACAGAAAAAACAACUUCCCAGGAACUUUAUUACAUGUAUUGUUAUGGAAAUAAUAACCUUGUAGCUGUUACAGCUACUCAUUCGACAUCAGCAAUCUUUAUAUCCAAAAAUAAUUUUAUCCCCCACCCCACCCCCUCAUCUGAAGAUAAGUUAAACUCAGCAAUCAUGCUGUCUGGAACGUAUCCCAAUGUUUGGCAGCAUUUUCAUUUCACAGACAAUGUGUUUACUAUGGCCUAGAAUCCAGCAUUCAGACAGCAUUUAUGACCUGACACAGUUGACCUGUCUACCUCAAAUGGUUAUGUUGGAAAUUCAACCUAAGCUCCGCCUCCCAGUUUAAAACCGCCCUAGAUUCCCUGUCUUGUUCUAAUAGCUUCUAGUUUCCCUUAGCUUACCGAAAACAGCGCUGUAACAAAAUGCCUUAUGAACUUAGCACAACUGUGUUACCCUGCCAUAGAGAACUCUGGUAGAUUGCAGUCACCCCUUUGCUCUUAAUUGUCAUUUGAGCCUUUUGUCAACGGACCGUGCAACGUAGCUUCAGGGCUUUGUGUCAAGCACGCAUGUCGUGGGGGGCAUUGCAGCCAGGAACUUGAUUAGACCCUAUAGUGUAGCCGGGAGGCCAGUAUUUGGAGUGACCCGACCGAGACUCGUGUCUGUCCGGCAGUAUCGUAGGGAGUUGUGCUGUGACCUCAUCCGCUUGGUGUGGUGGUUAUCUCUGGCGUUGGCUGUGUUGUGUUGCAUAGCUGUUUAGAUGUUUUUCCUUUCUAGCCUGUCGUCACCUCACUCCCUCCGUUUGGACCGGCGACAGAAAAUAGAACAAAAGGGACACAAUCAUUCCUAACACCUUUUUUUUUGAAGAGGUUGAGCAAAGUGAAAACGUUGAGCCUGUCUCUCUCUUGCUCUCUCUCUCUCUCUCUCUCUCUCUCUCUCUCUCUCUCUCUCUCUCUCUCUCUCUCUCUCUCUCUCUCUCGAAUUGCUAACUGAAGAA